CACCCCACAGACACACAGGCAAGGCUCAGAUCCCUCCCUCUAACCCAGCCGGCAGCCUAUAACCUCCGCGCUUCUCCGCCCAUUCCUCCACAGUUGAUUCUUCGGGAAGGCAUUGUCAUGCAAAUAAAGGACGCGUAAAACUAUUCCCCCGGAGCACGGCGCAGGGCAGAGACUCAUAAGGACCGCGAGGAGGAGGAACACACGCAUCCCGGGGCCCCGCAAACGUGGUUUGUCUGUCGCCACAACACGGACCCGUCCAUCUGACGCAGACGUCUGCAUGGCCACAUGAGCAGCCACAUAUAGCCAGGAAGCUGGUUGGACUGCUGGAGGAAAGCCGGCGGGACCCAACAACGAGGAGGCUGCCCUUUGGUGAUUGUGGUCAUACUUCCAGUCUCCCCAGUGAAAUCGGAGGUGUCUCUUCUUCAUCUCCCUGUCCAGGCUCCCUGCUGCUGCUGCUGCUGCUGCUGCUGCUGCUACUAGAGAAUGAAAAUUACAUCCAGAGACCCCUGGAGCGCUCCUUGACACUUUUAUGUUUUAGGGGAUUUAGGAUUUCUCGAAUAUUAACGUUUUUGCACACCAGGUGUGCCGUUUUCCCUCUUGUCCUUUUUGGGAUAUAUCCAGUGACCUUCCACCGUUUAAAGUGCCUUAAAACUGGGUGUAAUCCAGCAUAACUGUGGCACUGUUACCAGACCAGAGACGCUCGACAGAGUUUUAGAAGCCGAGGCAGGAUUAUUUCUCAUCCCCCCCCCCCCCCCUCCUCAGACUUCAGCGAGUUGCCACCAUGAGCCAGGCGGAUGUGUCGACUUGCUCCGCGCCGCAGAGGGUCUUCCAGGAGGCAGUGAAGAAGGGGAACACAAAGGAGCUGCACUCGCUGCUGCAGAACAUGACAAACUGCGAGUUCAACGUCAACUCCUUCGGGCCGGAGGGACAGACAGCGCUCCACCAGUCCGUCAUCGACGGCAACCUGGAGCUGGUGAAGCUGCUGGUGAAGUUCGGCGCAGACAUCCGACUGGCGAACAGGGAAGGGUGGAGCGCUUUACACAUUGCCGCCUUCGGGGGCCACCAGGACAUUGUGCUAUACCUCAUCACCAAGGCCAAGUAUUCCUCUGGGGCCCGGUGAUCUGUCUCUGCUGUCAGGUAAAAGUAGAACAUUAAAGAGAGACAGGAGAAGAAGAAGAAGGAAAAGAGCAAAACACAUCAGCAACAAAUUCACUCUUAGAACUGCAAGGCAAGGAGAAAGCAUGCUCUUUUCAAAACAUAGCUACCAUUAUUUACAUAUUUGUGCCAAAAUAUAUGGAAAGGAAAUCAAAUUGCGCAAAAAUCUCCCCUUUCUGUAAACCAAACAGGGCCAUCUGUGCGCACCGCAUGGUUCACUCAGACCAGAGCCGUCCCGAGGUUGUAAGGGGCCUUUAGCAGAAUUAGAUCUUUUUUUUGGGGGGGGGGGGGGGGGGGGCAUACUUUUUCAAUUAAUCACCAGCGACCAUUGGAAGAGUUAAAUCACAGGUUUCUUUGAAGAUGGGAAAAAUUUGACUGUUUCUAGACCUAAAGCAAAACCGAUGCAGACCAUCUAAACCCAAGCAUCCCAGAAGUUCGACCUUCUUGUGAUAUUUAAGCUAGCUGUGUUUUUCAGCACUUUAUGGUUUAAUAUUUGCAACUUUUUCCCAGACCAAUAAAUUAAAUAAAUAAAUUAGACUUAUUCAAAUCCAGUUACAGUGUGCAAAAAUGAUAAUUUAAGCACAAAACAUUUAACUGCACUGUAGUUAUUUACUGUUAGUACAUUUGCUGUUCUUUUUUUUUUUUUUAAAGAAUUUCUUAUCUUUUUAAUGAUCUUUCCUGAAACAAUCUAAUCAAUUAUAAAACUAAACUAAUUUCACUAUAUAAACCCGUAAUUUUUUACCUUUAUAUUCUUUCCAAAACAUGGGCCCCCUUCUGAUUGUUUUGGGGCCCUAAGCAGUGCUCUUUUUCACUUAUUCCUUGGGCCGGUUCUGUCUCACACACAAUCACGCAGCGCUUCAUUAUGAAUCUCUCACAAAAAAGCACCUCACUCCGGUGAGCUUGUUGGUACUUAAAGCUUUUGUCUUGAAUGUUCAUACAACAUCGUGUCAUUGUAGAAGAAACUGUCACACCUUAUCUGUGUUGCUGUGUGUGUGUGUGUGUGUGUGUGUGUGUGUGUGUGUGUGUGUGCGUGUGUGUGCGUGUGUGUGGAUAGUGGAGUGCAGAUGGCCCAGUUUUUUCAUUCAAAGUGAAUCGUUUCUUUGUGGGAGUGCAGAUUUGACCUGUUGCUCCUCAUUGUCCUGUAAAAAUACCCACUUUUUUUUGUAAGUUAUUUUUAUGUGAAACACGGCACUUGAUGCUGCUCGGCUGCAUGCUGGAAUAUCUGAAAGGGAAGACACAUGAACAGGAGGAGAAGCCCUCUGUUGGUCUCUCUUUUUUCCUAAAUUAAUUCAUAUUAUAAACUCAAAAUGAGGAUCACACAGCUCAAUAUAUUUUUUUUCUUAUGUAUUCAGGGUUCCUGCUCAUUUUUCUUGUCACGACUCCACAUGUUUUCUGGACUCGCAUCAACAGAGUUCUCAUUUUGCAAAGUUCACUCUCUACUUACUUUAGACGUUUUAUUUGAUUGAGGUCAAGCUUUGGAAAAGGAAACCUGCAAAAAUCACAGAUUCCAAGCACGCCUGGAUGCAGCAUUUCGACAACGGGACAGUGAAUAAAGUCUGGAGACAGACACGUUUUUCCAGAGUUUAUUUCAUUUUUCCAUACAGCGUCGGAACCCUGUGAGUGACUCCAUCGUUGUUGUGAAGUACUGUACACAAUAGCUUUACCUUUUUGACAGAAGCUGAAUGGGCUCUGCAAACACACAUUUUGCCAUUGCUGGUGUCCCAAACUUUCAGGCCAGUGCGACCACUCUGCCCUGGUGGUCAUCGUAUUAAGAACCGCUGCUUUUGCUUUGUAUGUCAUUAAAGAAAAAAAAAAAAAAAAAAAAGGAAAAUUUGGAUUUCACUUUAUAAUCUCCUUUCAGUAUUCUGUUAACAUCCUAGUCAUCACUGUGAAAGCAGGCUGAUUUUAUUGUUUUUUUUCUUUUAUAUUUAUGAAGGUACAUUGAAAAGAUGCAUUUUUGAAUAUGUUGUGGUUCUACUUUUUAAAAGAAAAACACCUGUAGAGUCAGAGUUCAGUGGGUGACUCAAGCUGCUUCAGACUCUUCUUUAAAUAUUUUUUUUUUUGAGUGCAAACCUGCAACCUCCCUUCACUUCCCCCCUCCUCCUCCUUAGAUGACCCACACAGCUUUAGCCUGUUGACCCUCAAGAGGACUUUUCAAUUAAACUGACUUUUCUUUUUUUUGUUUGGUUGCCCUUUUCCCAGCUACCUCGUCUAUAAAGUAUUCUCAAGCUGUCCCGCCUCCUCCCAGCUUGCCGUGCCAGUCAUGCCAGUAUCUGUCUGCUAUGUAACCUUAACAGAGACGAUGGACUUUGGUGCAGAAGAUGCAAAGCAUUCCUCAGUCAGGACAGUUUAUGUUACACUACAACCAAACCAGUGCUGACUAAAGCAUGAGGCCCCCUCCCCCCUCUGCCUCUGAACUCCACUUUACUCUUUCUUCCUCUCUCUGUUUCCUCAUCAGCCUGUUUUAUUUUUUAUUUUUUUUCAUUGUAUAGCAUGACUUAUAAAUGCAGGGAGUUUUAUUGCACAAAAAUACAGAGCCUUGCGCACCCCUAGUGUUCAAACGGGGUAACUUCAGAAGGCUUUGGAAUAUUUUCUACUACUGAGCAGGAUUCUUCUUACUGAUGGAUGAUGAAGACUUUAUGAAAAAAAUAAAUAAAUACACAUGACUAUUGCAGGAUGUCACACAAUAAAUGAAAAAGAAAAAUUGGAUUUUGUAAGCUUGCCUGCUAUAUUUUGAAAGUCAUGUCACCCUAACUGUUUUUUUUAACAAUGCUGCUUGUUUUGUGUAUUUUCUAAUUGAUGAUUAUUUUUUAAAGCCUACAGCUUCACAGCAACAUUGGUCUAACUCAUGAGAAGCUUUUUUUUUUUUAAGUGUCUUUUAUUUCCACGUGAGCCUGACAUGUGUUUGUGUUUGCUUCUCAUGGGGGCCCGUGUGACUGGCUUUCAAACAGCCAUCAGCCAGACUCAGAAGCUUCCCUGGAAUAAUCAUCCGGAAUCCUUUCAUAAAGCUCCACUACGACAAGGUAUAGAUUCACAUCAGGCAACAAAUAAAAUAUGCAUCGCUUGUGUUUAAACUUGAUCUUUCUUUUUUUUUUUUUUUUUUGUUAAGAAAAAAAAAUAUUGCACUGAUGACUGUUGUUGAAAAGUUGGCUUUUAUGUGUCAACAUUUAAUUUUUUUCUGAAUAGAAAAAAAACAACAAACAAACACAACAAAAUACUAUUGUAUACGCUCCAGGUGAUAAUGUUCUAAUGUAUGUUUUACUUUGUGGAAAAAAAAAACAUGUUUUUCAACAAAGAUGUGUGUAUUUCUGU